AUGAGGUCGACCGGCAUGCUGGCCACCAUUUCGGUGAUCUUGUCCAACGCUCUAGGCUUCGUCGCCGCACAAGGCUCAAGGCCAGUAUUCGCUCAUUUUAUGGUGGGAAUUGUUGAGAAGUUCACUGUCCAAGAUUGGUUAAAUGAGAUCCAGCAAGCUCAAGCCAUCGGCAUUGAUGGAUUUGCUCUAAACUGUGCUCCUCCCUGGGUGGAUAGCUAUACCCCAAAGCAGCUUGACAAUGCGUAUACGGCCGCACAGCAGCUCAACUUCAAAAUGUUCAUUUCCUUUGACUUCGCGUACUGGUCAAACGGCGACACGGGCAACAUCACAAGCUUCGUGGGCAAAUACGCUGCCCAUCCAGCUCAAGCCAUAUUCAACGGAGGCGCACUUGUCAGCACCUUUGACCCUGCCUCAGCUGGAAGCGUCAGCGCCCAGUUUGGCAUCGACGGGGCAUUCUCGUGGUAUGCUUGGCCAACGGACGGCGGCAACAGCGUAAUCGAAGGGCCCAUGACAACCGUGUGGGAUCAAAGAUACAUCCAAGGUCUGAACGGUCGGCCCUACAUGGCACCGGUCUCGCCAUGGUUUUCAACCCAUUUCAAUACUAAGAACUGGGUCUUCAUCUGUGAAGAGCAACCGGUCCGUCGAUGGCAACAGAUUCUCGACAUGAAGCCGGCUCUGGUUGAAAUCAUUACGUGGAACGACUUUGGCGAAAGCCACUACAUUUCCGGCUCAGAGCCCAACCAUAGCGAUGACGGGUCCUCCCAAUGGGCCAAUGGCUUCCCCCACGAUGGCUGGCGUGACAUUUACAGGCCGUACAUUGCUGCCUACAAGGCUGGUGCAUCUUCUCCUACGGUGAAUACGGAUGAAAUUGUUUACUGGUAUCGCCCGGUCCCGCACGCUGCCCGAUGCACCAACGAUCCGUUGGGCAUCCCUCGAGGUGCUGAGUUGAUGGACGAUCUGGUCUUCGUCAGCACGUUGCUCACGCAGCCUGCGCAAUUGACCGUCACAAGUGGAAACGUCGCUCCCGUUACUGUAAAUGCUGACGCCGGAGUCCACGUUUUCAACUUUACCAUGGGCGUUGGCAAGCAGUCCUUCUCUGUCUCCCGCGGCGGCAGACAGAUUCUAGGUGGCCAAAGCGCAAAGGACAUCGUCAGCUCGUGCCAGACGUACAACUUUAACGCAUAUGUGGGCAAGUUCUAG